AUGCCCCCUCACAUCCUUCAAGACGUGAAGCAUAAACUACGAAUUGAAUUUAAUGCGGUGCUGAUUCAUCGCACAAUCAACCGGCCAAAUAUUUUCUAUCAAGUGAAUGAGAUGAUAUAUCCUGUCAGUACAAGAUGGGACUUACUUCAAGCUGUAAAGUUAGACGGAUCCCAGAGUUUUAUGAUAUUUGCAAAUACGCGAAGGGAAACAGAAGCGGAAAUGAUCAAAAAGCUUAAAAAGGGGGAACUAUGGGGAAUAUGCUGCACAGAUGCAGCAGAGCCAAAGUACCUAGACAAAAACCAGCUGAAGAGAAAAUGUGGAGAGAACGACACAGGAAGAAAACAUACUGUUAAAAGGGCACAGGCAAGUAAUAGGGUAGGAACAAGCCUGGAUGUAGAAGAAGGUAGUGAGGAUGGUGAUAGUGAGGGAGAAAAGGAAGAGGGAGAGAAUGAUGAGCGUGGAAGACAAGAAAUGGAACCGGACACACCAUUAGCUCAACCGUUGGUUGCUGAUUGUACACAACAAACAGCUGCAUCACUGCGCUAUAUCCCCCCAAGUCCACUCAGCGCCGAGUUUGAGGUUAACGCAAUGGACACAUAUAUCAAUGCGGGCCUGCAAGGGAUUUGCCGAAGAGCUAUUAUUGAUAAAUAUUUUGAUAAUCCUAAAUUACUACUUCCAAAACAAACACGCGCCAAACAUAAAUUCAAAUUCAAUGAACCCACAAUGACCCCCAAGGAUCUGGCUUUUUGUCAAGCUCUUGAAGAGUGGAGGGAGAGAGAAAUGGUAGAGAGUGGAUUAGGAGAGGAUGAUUUUUUUGGGCCACAGCUAAUUCUUGCUGACGGUAUUCUCAACCGUAUAAUUGCUGUGGCUCAUCACUUGAAACUAACAGACAUUGCUUCGUUGAAAGACCAAACAGGCUGGAGAAAUAGCAAAAAAUACGGGGCAAGUAUUAUUUCUCUAUUUCUUACACAUUAUCUGCCGCCACCACCGCCACCACUUUUCACCACUGGUCCUCUCCCAAUUUGCACAACUAUUCAACAACCAUUGAACUCCACUCCAAGCCUCCAAGCUUGCCAACAAAUACUUCAGCUGUUGGAGAACCAGUAA